CCCACUCGCAUUCAUAUGACGUCACGUACGUCAGGACCCGACGUGAUCUGCAUUAAGUCUAGUUAUGGCAUCUUCUGGGUAUUUUGGUGACGGUCCUCCGAUGCGCGAGCGUGACCCCUACUUCACUGAGGCCAUCAGCCAGAGGAUGCGCGUGCCCGAGCGGCUGAGGGUCGGUCCAGUGCCUCACGCGCACGCACCUGCAGACCAAAGACAUGAAGAGCUACCUGCUGCCUACAGCAUGCACAUCCCAGACAGACUGGCCUUAACAGAUGCUCCUGAUCUGAGUCCACACCCUCUCUUCACUAAACACACUUCAUCAAUGUGGGACCUGCAGCAUGGGUCCUGGGACAGGGAGGGGUUCAUGAGAGAGCCUGUUCAGAGUCCACUGCGAAGGUCUUACAGUGAUCAGGGCUUUGGUCGAACCCCACCUGGAACCCCCACACACUCCAGACAAACACUCUACUCCCAGUCUCCACGCAAUAUUGGACGUCCAGCUGUCGUGCAUACACACCCGUCCCCCCCAAAGCCCCCAGGACUCCCCUCCAUCCCACCCAACCUGCUGUCCCCUCAGAGCAUGCUGCAGGCUGCCAAGGAGCUGGGCCAGCAGGCGUCUCAGAAACUCCUCCAGACCGUCACCACAAAAUACUCCUCCAGGUUUGGUUACCCAGAAAACCAUCCCUCUCAGGCUGUGGAGGUUCAACCUGAUCAAAGCAGGACAAGUGCCUCGCAGGAGCUCUGGCUCAGUCCUGAAGAGGACACAGGUACCGCUGUCGAGUUCAUGGUGCUCCGCAGACAGGUGCUGAAGAUGAGCAGGAGGAUAGCAGGGCUGGAGAGACAGAGCGCAGAGCACAGACAGACGGAGCUGCUGCUGUUCUCUCUGUUACUGUCUGCCUGUCUGCUCAACGGCUGGCUGUGGAUGCGCAGAUGACGGCUUACACUAAACAGACAGCACUACACUACUGCACAAAAUUUGUUCUCAUAAAAAUGAUGGUCAGUGGAUGGUUUAGAAACCACUGUCAUCAGAAUGAGAUGUUUAUCUCUGAACCUUACACUCGGAUGUGUCACGUGAUCACGGUAGUGACAUGGGCCACUUUGCAUUACAAGUGAUUUGAGGAACUCAAGCAUGUUUUUCCACUGAUGAUGUCAUUGAGUAAUGCCGUCCCUCUGGCUCUUUUGAUCAGACUAGUAGCUAGUUUUUUGUAUUUGACUUAUUCUGCAAAUCAAGCAAAUGCUGAGAUUUUCUGCAUGCUUUACACGUAUUUAUUAAAGUAUAGAUAUGAAUGUAUACAUGUAUAUUUGAAUAGCCUUUUUAACUCAUUUCCCCAGCCUGAUGUAUGAUGAAUAUUUAAAAUAAUAAAAACUGUAAUUCGUCUCAGACGUCUCGUUGUCUCACUGUCAAUGUUAAUUCAGCAAGAUUUGCAUUCACAUGAUGCCUGACAAAGAACAACUAAAUGCUGUAAAUGGAUCAGUUUAUUAAAAAAUUAAAUUAACCAAGGAAAAAGUUAUUGAAACGCUUUAGACGAUAAACCAAAUGAAAAAUGCAAAGCCUUAUAUAAAAUCUGCACUAGAUAAGAGGAAAUGAUGACUAGGAAUACAAUUUAAUUCAAAUGUAUAAUCAUUUUACAGUAAUAUUAUCAAGCAGCAACUAGAGUGACAUUUUGAAACAAAUACUAGUGAAAUGAACGUAAAAACAUUCCUCGUGAGAAAAAAAAAAAAAAA